AUGGCAUCUAAUCAGAUCAAACAGUCAAUCAAGGACAUUAUCCCGUCAUAUUCAGGUGAAAACUCGGGCAGAUUGUCAACUUACAUUGAUUCGUUGUAUAAUUUGAGCUUACGGAAAAGUAGCAUCUUACCAAACAAUGCUGAAAUUGGACGCUAUCAUUUGUGCACAUAUGUGAUUGCAGAGAAAUUCCAGACAAUAUUCAAUCUUCCAGAACCCGAUGUAACACGCAUACCCAUACAACCUCAGGUGGUUUUGCGGCUACUAACGGACUUUCGCGAGAUGGUAAAUCAAAUGUCUGCAGCAAGCACGCCUACAUCAAGUCCAAAGAAACGUGUUGUCACGCCUUCAAAGAAUGCAAGUCCUAGUAAGCAGGGGUUGAAGCAGUCUGGAUCCCCUUUGAAGAAGCUUAAAGCAGCAGCGGCAGCGGCGGCGGAAGAAGAAGAAGAUGAUGACGAAGUAAAUACGACACAAAGUACUUCUCGAAAGGGCCACACCGCCUCCCCUUUUGCGAGUGGAACCAACACAUUCACAAAGAAAAGUUACAAAUAUGAUUUCAAAAUUGUCCUGCUUAGUGACUUUAUCACCUUCUGCAACACAUUUUACAUCCCAAGUAGGUACACUGUGCAAAUGUUGUCAACUUUUUACUUGCACAAGCAUAAGUUUGCAAAGAAAACAGACUGGUCAUUAGCAUGCGGAAUCGUUUACACUGCUUACAUUCGAAUUAAUCAUAAACUUCUCCGUGAUAAAGUGGGAGCAAAGCCCGAGUUUAUGAAUUUGCUCUUGCACUAUCAAAAAGGUGGCUUGCUGAAGUCGACCUUGCAGUCUUGGUGCACAUUAGUCGAAGAGUGGAUAAGACGGGAGCCAUGGGUACAGGAAAUUGAAAAACAAUACAUGUAUGGCACUGAAGCUAUGAUGGAAACCACCUUGAAUAACGAGUACAUAGGCAUGAUUGGCGAAGGUUGGGAUUUGAUGGAACGCCUUGGCGCAAUGAUUCAUGGAGAGGUGUUGUAUCAAUCUGACACUCAGAAUGAAUACUUCUCCACCUGGUCGAGAAGAAUGAUUGGGGAUGCAUAG